CGCUCAGUUUAGACCAAGAACUGAAAAAGCAAAACGAAAACGAACCUCGAAGCCCAUAUCAGUGAAAAAGUAUUCGAACUUAUUGUUAUUGUAAAAUAAAAAAAAGAGAGCACUGGUAAUUUUUCACUGGGUAUUUCUUGAACCCCGCAUUGUUGUUACUUUGUUCUACUUAUUAUCGCAUAAUUAUCGGGAAAUAAACGAGUUGCAAAGGCAAAUCAGAAAAGCGCAAAAUUAAUUGCGCACAUGUUACGACGAGCGUUCGAAUAGCAAAAACAAAUUAGUGUCCGUUUCGUUUAGUUUUUUAACGGACUUCGCGUGUACUCAACGCGUUCGAGUGGAACGCGCGUCGAACGAAAAAAAAAAAAACGUUUGCAAAAUGUACGGGAUAACGACAACUAUUAAACAUUUUGAAGCUCUAAAAUUGGCAGCAUUAUGGGCCGGUUGGCUGAGUGUGUUUCAAUCACUUAUCUGGAUAGGUCUGACUCUUGUGGGUAUUCUUGCCUACAACUGCAUCGUACCUGUGACAGAUUUUCUGAGCUAUGGAACCCUCAUCAAGACCGUGUGGUUCGACAUGUACUUCCACGGCCACUGCCAAAUGUCGGUUGGAGAUUACCAACAGUAUGAUCGCAGCUUUCUUAACUCCGUGGAGACGGUGCUGGAUCCCGACCAAGUGCUGAUAUGGGUCUGUGUUUAUCUGGGCUUUGCCGUUUGUUGGCUUCUGUCGUCUGUGGUGCUCCUGACAUACCUCAACAAGGAGAAUGUUAAACAAACCCUGGGAGUCAUUUACACUUGGAUUUUCUUUAUGGCCUCGAUUUGUGCCAUGGAUGUGGCUUUGGGUGUGAUUUUCGGCGUCGACUACUCAGAAUACGCUAAAAAAGCCCUCGAUUACAACUUUAAUUCAAUCAAUGCAGGAGAAAUAUAUCCGAAUGCAGCCCAAUUGGUUGCUGCUACUGUGGCAUCUAUUUCCAUGAUGAUCAUCUCCUUCAAAGGGUUCGUCCUGUGGAUCAUUAACCUUAAAUUGUUAGUCUGGAUGGCGGUUCAGGCAUAUCGCAUUGUCAGCGAUAAGGACAGAUCGGACACGCUGUUCAUGCCACGCAAGGAUUCAGAUGACAUUCUGGCCACCAGACCGCCAAUUCGCGCCUACGAGGAAGAAAAAGUGGUAGUGCAGGCGUUUAGCAAUCCUGGCUUUGCCCCGGACUCCCCAUCGAUGGCCGAGACCAUUGAAGUAAAUGAGGAGGCCAUUCUUCGCGCCGCUCGCAUGUCCAAUGAUGCCAAUCUCUUGGAUCGUCGUUUCCGCAGCCUUGACGCCUUCCAGCAGUAUCCACCAGCCAAUCCGCAAUCCAAUCCAACAUCCCGGCCACAAAACCAGGAUACCGUAGUUGUGGCCACGGCGGGCUUCCCCGUCCCCGACUAUUCGCCACAGCCCCAUUCGAAUGGUAUUAUGCGCAAUAAUCAGUAUUAGGCAAACUGAACUUACUGGCGCCAUCGUUAAGUCACUUGUAUAUAUAAUAAUUCUCAAUAGUUACGCAACCAGUAAUACCAAAAAUAUCCAUUUUAAAGUUCAGCAGCAACAAAUUAGUUGAAAUUGUGUUUCCCUCGUGGACCUUAUCAUCGCAAAUAGUGUUUCUAACUUAUUUCCAAGCUUAAAACAAAAUAAAUGUGUAAUUAUAAGAUACAAUUACAAUUCAUUGCAUAGCCAGUGGAAUCAAAAUUGUUUAUUUUCAAA